GAUUUAAAGCCUAGCAUAUCGCUCGUUCACGCGGACCCACCACUCUGCUGAGGCUGAAGGCCCCCGAGAUUCUAAUAGCCGCUGCUUUGUCCUCCAUCAUCGCUCUAGGUUUUCCCGGAGCUUCCUUGACCAAGGCCCUCAAUCCCCCGCGCCCACGGCUUCGACGUUGCACGAAGCAUCACCUUCUGCCUCAUGAUUUCUGUGCAAUACCCAAGCUUUUCGGGACACCCAUUCGGUCUGAUGGCGGAAUCUGCGCUGCACUCGGCGCUCCCAACUUUGUCCAAAGCUGCUUCUGCGCAGCCACCGUUUGGCCUAGCCGCAGAUUCAAAAGCAAAACAGACAACCACCAACACGACCACCAAGAAGAGGCCCUCGCGCGCCGGAACCCGCAGCGUCACCACUCUGACGGCCGCCCAGCUGGAGCGGAAGCGCGCAAAUGACAGGGAGGCGCAGAGGGCCAUCCGCCAGCGAACAAAGGAUCACAUCGACAAUCUGGAACGCCAGAUCCGAGAGCUUACGGCCUCGAGCGAUACCAACGCGAAGUUGAUGCAGACCAUCCAACGCAAUCAGGAGCUCGAGCAGGAAAACGCUCUGCUUCGAUCGCGCUUAAAUCACGCCGUUACCACAAUGUCGGAACAUGGCCUAAAUAGCGACCAUAUCAUGCUCACGGGCAGCCCAAAUUCACCAACACGUCGCAUAAAACUGGCAACCCAAUUACGCAAUUCAGCCACUCCAGUUCCUCGAUCGAUACCGACUCCGUCGGUGCCAUCCGUCGGUCCUCAAGAGCAGUGGGGUGCUACGUACAGCCCAGCAACAUCCAGCAUCGACCGAUCACCGUCUAUUGCGGACGUGUCGCCCGUAGCAGGAACCAUGCGGUGGGGUCAGAAUUCGCCCCAGGUGAGCGCCCCGAUCCACGAGCCGGAGCGGCCGAUGCACCCGGUCGACCCAACCAUCCAGCAGUCCAUGAACUACAACUACGCAAUCGACUCCAGCGGGAGACCCGUCCAGCCCGUGCAGCCGGUCGCGUAUCAUUCAGAGGCGCCCAUGAUGCCCGCGUACACGCAGCCGGCGAGUCCUGCCGACUAUCACGGCCGCCAUCCGGGACAGCAGAUUCCAGCCGCGCAGACACCCGCCUACGCGCAGUACCCGGCCGCCCAGGGCUUCAUUCCUCACUCUCCGCACGAGUCCGAUCCACACUUGCAGAUGAUGCACCGCCAGUCGUUAGACUCCCAGCAGCAGAUCAUGUACAGCAUGCCGCCAAACAUGAAGGCCGAGCAAUGAAGCAAACCCGACCCGGACCGGAUCUGACGAUCCCGUUUGCCUUGUUUUUGUCUUUUCUUUUUUUGAAUUCUCUCUUCUUCCUCCCUCCUCCCGAACGUACAUGCUCGCCCUUGUGGAACCUGUCACUCGCUUGACUCCGGUGUUCGAUCGUCGACUGCCGUGCAUGGCCGUUCCCUACCUACCCACCUUCCCUCCGCACCGUUCUUUGCAAGCAAACUCAUUCCCACAACAGCAAGGCGAAUUCGGCGUUCCGUUGACUGGAGUCCAUAUGGAUUAUAGAGCGAUCUGAGGUUGA